AAUAUAAAAGUUUAGGGUGAUUGCAUUUAGGUCCAACAAGAGUACAAGACCCAAGACAAGAGCAUAUAUGCACCCACCGCCUUCGCUCUCAAACAUAACAGAAUUCUAGUGAAGUGGACGCGAAGAAACGAAGCUUCCAAUCUUCAUAACAUAUAUCUCAACCAUCCAAUCCUAGUGCAAGUGUGAUGGUGGUGAGAAAGGCAGAGAUAGACACAAGGGCGCCAUUCCGCUCCGUCAAAGAGGCUGUCUCGUUGUUUGGUGACAAAGUUUUGGCCGGCCAGGUUUAUGCAACUGCCAAUAACCUCAAAAAGAUGCAGAGUGGAGAAACUGAAAAUGGCGUUGAGUAUUCGAGAAUAGGAAACGUAGAAGCUGAGCUAGAGGAGACGCGGGAAAACCUGGAGAGGGCGAAGGAAGAAAGCAUGGUGAUGGCGCAUUGUCUGUCUUCUCUGCAGGAAGAGCUUGAACGAACAAAGCAAGAGCUCCAACAGCUGAAGCAACGGGAAACGGAGAAAGACGCGGUGGAGUCGGAAAUCGAGGACGUGAAGUUUGUGGAGAACUUAACCACGUUCCAAGGGAAAAGCUCGAGACUCGAGGAUGAAAAGAUGGAUUACUUCCAAAAGAAAAGGUACGUGACGUUCGCGAAAUCGCCGUCUGUGUCUCAUCAGGUGAUGCUGCCGCAACACGGGGUUGAAAAGUUGGAAAGGCACCCUUCUCUCAGGAACAAGAAGAAGAACAAGUCCUUCAUUCCCUUCAUCGGAGCCAUUUUCUCAAGGAAAAAGGCUACCCAAUAAUUUCCAUCACUCCUGCUAAGUAACCUGCUUACAACUACAGUAAUUAAUUACUACAAUAAUUCCCAGCAUUUUGUUUUAGAGUUUCUUUUUUUUUUUUUUUUU